AGCAAAAAAACAAAAAGAUCUGAAACAAAAAUGGUGAAUCAAAGAAAGCUACAAGAAGAAGAAGAGGAAAAGGAGAAUUAUCCUCUCAUUACAACCAAAGUAGUUGAGUAUUUGCAGCCAGUAAUGUGUCGAGAGCUUCUCUGCAAAUUUCCAGAUAACUCUGCUUUUGGAUUCGACUACUCACAGAGCUCUCUUUGGUCUCCUCUCUUGCCUCGAAAUUACGCCAGUCCUUCAGAUCUAGACUCCGACAGUUGCGUUUGUCGGAAUCUUAAGCUAGGGGAGUUUCAAGUAGGCAAGAAGAAGAAGAUGAAGAUGAUGUCAAUGAAGAAGAACAAGAAGAAGAGUAAAUUACUGAAACUAGACAUACCUUCAAUGAAGAAUGAUGAUUCUUCUCCUAAAAUUGGCUGUUUUCCUCUCCCUACCAAGGGAUGGAAUGGUGUGUUAAAGGCAGCUUCAAAACAUUUCAAGAAAUCGAAAAAGAAGAGAGAUUCAUUCGCUGAUGCCAAGCUUCUCGACUUCAAAUACUAAGAUUAUAGCAACUUCAAUUGCUUUUCAUUGUAUUCAAUAAUUACUAGACCUUUGAUGAAUUGUGAAGUUGAGCUGUUUCUAUUAUGGUCAUCAUGUAAUCAUUUGGAGUGUUUGAUCAUAGAUAUAUCCAUGACUGCUUUUGAUUUCUGAUGCAUUUGAGUUUUAGACACAAGUAGAGAUUUUGAAACAGAGUUUGAUGUACAGUUGAAUAAACAAGCCUAAUACCAUUACUGGUGAAAUCUAGUAGAUUUUGGUUCUG